AUGAGAAAGAUGAUGGAAGAGAUAGUAGCGUCAAUACCAAUCGACAGUGUUGAGGCAAUACGUGAGAAGGCAACAGCUAGUGCAUCAUUAUCCAACACACCAGGAGAAGUCACAGAAGAAAUGCAGGUUAAUAUUUAUAAUAUUAAUUUGGUGAGAGAAUGUCCAUCAUAAAUCGAGUUCAAUAAUGACUACGAGGCAUAUUAAGGUUAAAUUAUUAGGCAGAAUAAUGGAACAUGUCUUAAAGGCCUGCGAAACUCUUCUGCGAAAUUCUUCGCGAGAAAUCGUAUUGGCAAAAUACGGUUGAUUGUGUAUGAGUGAUUCUAUUCGAUUUUCCCACUUUUUUGCUUUCCUAGUGAGUAGAACUGACUUAACUGAUUAACUGCAUGGCAAAGCGAACGUUUUUCUCGCCAAACCUAAUUUAUCUUCGCAGCAUGCGGCAAUGUAUUUCGCACGACAUUUUUCGCACUUCCUUCAAAAACGUGCUUAUGGAGUCAGGCCUUAAACCUUUUCACUAAUUGCCAAUGAUCCAUCACUAAAAGUAUAUAAGUUAUAAGAGACAACGCGCCUGGCACUCACUUUACUUGCUCAUGAUACAUUUCAAUUUUUAUCAAUAGGAUAGUGCGAUGAACGCAGCGGAUGAAAUGAUAAUGUUUCUGGGCAACAGUACGAUGUCAGAUGAACCGCCUAAUCCACAGGAUACUUUCAAUGCUGCUGGUGGACUAAUGAAUACUUUAGGCAAUUCCAUGGAAGCUUCUAUAGAAACUGGAUCUCGUUCAAAUAAAACUGAUGAUGGUAGCGAUGGAAAUACGACCAAGGUUGACAGUGCUGUAAGUAGUGAAGAUGAUGUUACGGGAAUUUUUUAGCCAUAGUUAACAUAAAGUUGUUAAACGUACGGAUCCAAUUUAGGAAAUCUCUCUUGCUGGUAUCUGCCUUAUGCAUGAAAGUUUUCAUCAACUACAUUUGUUUAACGCAAACUCUCUUUUCAGGCUGGUAUAUACAAUCGUCAUUUUUUAUGUUGUCUAUAGAAUUAUCUUUUUGGCCUACUGUAAUUCUACCUUUUUCUCUGCAGUCUUUCUUGUAAUGACUUGUAUAGCUGAUUUGUCUUCAGAAGACCACCGUGUCUCUGAAUACGGCCUAACUAUCUCGUUUGUCGCUCUUUGAUAGUCUUUAUCAUAAAAGUCUAGGAAAUAUUCUAGAAUAAACUCGUUUUGGUAAUAACUACAGUGCAUCAGAAAGAUAAGAAAAGCUUCAAUUGAAUUUUUCAGAAAAUGCAAUUCGUCAUAUAUUUAUGCACUAUCUCGAAAACAACAAGAAACAUACUGAAUUUUUUUUUAAUUACUGAUUUUACAAGAGUCGUUUUCGACAUGAUGAACCUAAAUUAACAGGUUCACUUGUUUUAUUUAAUUUUAUUUAGAGCCGUGGUUUGGUAACGAAGGCGAUGCAAAAUGUGGAAAACCUGGCUUCGGCUGUUUUGACGCAGAAAUUCGCAGGCGAACCUCCAACUGAAGUAAAGACAGAACGUCUUUCAAUGGCCGUUCACAGAGCUGACCCUUCGUCCAGUGGAAAAAUAGGAGCGACCACAGGAGGAGGAGACUUCAUGAUGCCUAAUGUUGGAUCUCUGUUUGGUAUAGAAGGAAACGAUACAUCUGGAAUACCGCCUGUUGAUACCAAGGUUAGUGUCCUAUAUUUAUAUAGGUCCCAGAUUUGCGUUUCAAAUUUCGCUAUAAACUUAACGAAGAGGAAUUGUGCGUUAGCACUAAUUUGCAUACGCCAGAAUAACGAAUCGUAGCCAACAAAUCACAGCGUGUAAACGUACCCUUAUCAGUUGAAAUAUUUCGGCCACAAUGGUGCUUUUUUAAAUAAAUCAACUCUUAUUUCAAAUUGGUGCCAUAAUUUUUGCUAAUUGACGUAGGGCAGAAACUAAAUAGUUAAAAUUGGCAUUGAAAAUUCUCAUUUGCCGCAAUCUUGCUUAAUUGAUAUAUAAGGUAUACAAUUUGACUGUAAUUUGACCGACAUUUCUGGCAAUUGUCCUUCAUGAAUUGCGUUUCCUAAGAUAGUUAUCCGACUUUCUGCAGGCUGUGUCAAACUCCAAAAACCCGUUUGCUUGGGAUUCUUCGGCGUCGAAAGUCAAGAGUAAGGUCAUGACAAUGGAACUGAAGAAUGCUACAGGUCACCCAAUCAAAGUCAGUAACUUAUCCAAGCCAAUCGAUAUGUGGGUACCUCGUGGAGUUUCAGUCAAUUUCUCGUUGUUUUCUGUAAACCAUGGUAAAAUGCUGUACCGAGCUUUCCAUGUUGUGGAGAACGACACAUCUAUACAAAUCGAGAUUCUUGCAGAAGACAACAACACGGAAUUAAUUGCAUAUCUACGUCGUGCAAAGUUUCCCACAGAAGAAUUUUAUGAUUUUAAGUACGUGUUGCCGAAGCGAGAAUUUAUCUUGGAUACGGGGAAUAUGUCCACUACUAACAAGACAAAAACUCGAGAAAUAAAUCGCUACAUACUGUUCCGGUCAAACGAGGACUUCAACAGAACAGCGGCGGGAAAGGUAAUUAUUACAAAAUUAAAUGUCCAUGUGUUCCCUAAUUAAAAACAAUAUUUUGAGUAAGUUUCGGUCGAAGGAAGCAAAAUAAGUGUGAGAUAGCGAGGAUUUCGAGUUAACCGAGAGAUAACCGAGUAAAAAUGAUUGAAAUGUAGUAUGGCCAAAUCCAUGGGAGAUGGGUUUAAAUACGAGAUAGAGAGGAGUUUGAAAUAAGCGACAUAGCGGCCGGAAUUUUACUGAUAGCCCAGAAAAUUUCAACUGUUAUUUCAAAUACCUAAAAUAGAGAAAUUAAUAGGUAUAUUUAUCAUUUCUUUCGUAGUACUAUAUCGGUGUGAAGUAUAAUGGAACAUUUGAUCCAAUGUAUGAGGCCAUAAUGUCUGGUGGAAAACUAAAGUAUGAAGAAUAUAUUCCACCAAUUGUUAAUUUCACCAUGAGGACUUUUACUUCGUCCUGUUUGUACUGGAGUGUUGAGAAUGAUACAUGGAAAAGCGAUGGUUGUGUGGUAAGAACACGUUUCUCCUUAACCUUGUUGAAACUAAUGCUUUAGUUUUUGCAUGAUCUUUUGCAUGCAUGGAUAUUUUAAUUAUACAUUUUUAGGGUAUAGAUAAUAUAGCAAUGAACACCAAGAGUAUCUUAUACAGUUCUUUAAUUUCGAUGACAAAUUACUUGUCGAGCUAUGAAUAAAACUAAACUGUAUAAGCAGACAUAUACAAACUGGACAGCUAUAUUAUACUGUAGUUCUUCUAGAAUCUUCUCAGAGAUUCGCUGUGACUUAUUAGUCCAGUGUUACUAAAGGGAAGGAAACAGGUAUAUUGCAGAUAACUGAAAGUCACUUCUUAUAUACCACCGAGGAGAAAUGAGCAUACUGGAUACUGCGGGAAACGAAUCUCGGUAGCUGAGUUAAAAUGUCACACUAGCUAUUCUCCGAACAAUAUAGAAGACAGGUUUUCUUUACAAUCAUUUAGUUCAACGAUUAAGCUUAAGCUUCCUAUUGGUCCAGGGAAGUGAGUGAACCUCCAAAAAGAACAGUUUUAUUGGAAAUGAUAGGGCUAUUCGGAACAAUCAGAGGUUAUUUAGUUUGUUUUUAUAAUUCUUAAUAUGUAUUUUUCUGGUUAUUGCCGAACCCCCGUUACACUCGAGAUCUCCAUCUACAACUAAAACCCUGCAACAUUUAGUUCUAAUGGGUGAGAUGCCCAAAAUUCCGCUAUUUGCUCACAUACCUUACAAUAAUAUAAUGACAUGAACUUGCGGUUAGAGCCCGUUCGACAACUGGAUCCGUAGCCCAUGCAGUUGGUUAGAGCACUGCAUCGGAAUCGCAGGUUCGAUUCCUGCCAGAGGACCUAUAGUUGCAUUGUUCGCCGUUGCUCCUCAUCUAAUAAAGGUAUAAAAUUCACACUCGAGAUUUAUAUCUUCAAAAACCCUGCAACAUUUAGUUCUAUCGAGUGAAGUAUCCAAAAUGCUGAUAUUUUACCAUUGAAGCUAACCCAUUAUCCUAAUCACAAUGAAGGUUGGACCAAAGACAGCAAUGGAGGGUACACAGUGUUUAUGUACGCAUUUAACAUCAUUUGGUGGUGAUAUGGUCGUAGCUCCCAACACGAUUGACUGGAGUGCUAUUAGUUUGGAUAACCUCUUCAGUAAUCCGAUCGUAUUUGCCGUUGUAAUGUCAUUCAUCUUUUUGUACUUCAUCUUACUCAUACCUGCGCGAAGACAAGAUAAGAAAGAUUUGGAAAAGGUAAGCAUAACUAUCAAUUUUCGCUACGCCUUUGUUUUAAUUGCGGUAUUGGCCGAUGUUUUACUGAAUCCUAUAAAUUAUUAAAUCUAUCCAGACUAACCUGUUUAUAUUGAGUCGAGUUAUUUAUAUUGAGUCGAAUUAUUCAGCAGCGGCGAGAUUCCGUCUGCUGUAUAAAUUAAAUAGUUUUACUUGGUGACCGUUUAACUUGGCAUAAAAAAUAUUGCCCAGGUAACUUGGCAAGGUGAAAUAGAAACCGUAUAACUUAUAGUGAUGAGUCUUUCCAGAUUAAUGUGAUGAAUCAUGAGAUAAAUUUGAUGAAUCAUGAGAUUAAUAUGAUGAAUCAUGAGAUUAAUGUGACGAAUAGUGAAAUGUAUUUUAUAAGAUUAAGGUAAAAAAAUUAUGUCGCUAUCUGUGAUACGUAUUUCUUUCCUCAUAGCUUGGAGUGGUGCCACUACCUGACAACGAUCCUCGCGAUAAUUACGGCUACGAGAUUACAGUAUACACAGGGUUUAGUGCCGAGGCUGGAACUACUGCAAAUAUUUAUUUCAUAUUGAAAGGCACUCUUGACGAAACGCCUGUGAGAUUAUUAAAAGAUCCGAGCAAGAACAAAAUGUCUGUUGGAAGUAUAAAUUAUUUCUUGCUUACUGUCCCAUCAUCACUGGGAAAACUAAAAGGUCUUCGUAUCUGGCACGAUAAUGGUGGCAGUUCACCCUCCUGGUAUUUACUUCGCUUGAUGGUAGGUUUCAUUGUUCUUUUAUAAUUCAUUAGGUGUUUGUCUAAUCCAGAAACUGAAAUGGAUUACAAGAACGCCCAUGUAAAUCUGAAUAAAUUAUACAAAAUUUUCUGACACACUAUAUAAUAACAGCCAAAGAUAUCCGUAACAUUACUCGUCUCCGUCUUCUUCCCUUAUUUCUGCGUCCAAUGUUUUUUGAAACGUUAAAAAUUAAAGGUCAGGUAAGGUAAUCUUUAUUUAAACACGCUAACCCAUUCAAUGUAAAUUGAUUUCCAAGGGGGUCAUGUAAAAUUUAAAAUUACAUUACUAAAGUAAUUAAGUGACUAUGGACGUUAUUUGCCUAAUUCAGUUAGCCCUUAUGGUUAUUUUAGGCAGAUAAUACCCAUACCUACCAUUUUAAUAAAAUAAAUAAUGUAUAUUGAUUUAUAAUGGGUGAAUAAAUUCUUCUUCUGUAUUACAAAUGGAAUUAUAUCAGGCUAGUUGCACGUAGAAUCGAGUUGUAACUUGCUAAGCUGUCAGCGUUUCUAAUUCAGACUGGUAAAUUGUUCCAUCAUCUACAAAUGAAACAACAGUUAGCCCUCUUAUAUAUGCAUGCAAGUUGUAGUGGUAUAGCAUCUUCCAUAACUUCACCAACAAACUUUGUUAAUAUUGAGUGAUACAGCAGACAUUCUGUCAAUAUUCACCUUCAAGUUCUGAACUUCUCAUAACUUCUUGCAUUUGACGCCGAGUGAUUCAUUCUUAGGGAUAUAGUCGCGCACACUCAUUUGCAUAUUUAGCAAACCUUUGUUAAUAAAGUUAAACAUCAAUUUUGGUUGUUGUAUGAUAUAUGUAAAAACGUUAAGCCAGAAUGUUUGGCAAGAAUCUUCAAAUAACUCCAUAUUAACUUUCAGUACUGCUCUUUGAGUUCAUUUGCGGUAAAUUGUAUAGUAUGACGUAUAUUUCAGGUUCACGAUAUCCAGAGAGAUAGCAAGACAUGGUUUUUGUGCGAUCGUUGGCUUGCUGUUGAGGAAGAUGACGGGGAAAUCGAACGAGUUCUCCGACCCGCCGAUGCCGACGACCUCACGAGGUUCAACCUCUUGUUUCAAACUGAGGCUCGGAAAAACCUGUCGGACGGUCACAUUUGGUUUUCAGUCGUGAAGAGACCUGCCCGCAGUAACUUCACUCGUGUACAGCGGUUGUCGUGCUGUCUCUGCAUCCUGCUGACCACAAUGCUUGCAAACGCAAUGUUCUAUCAAAACGACCCGUCGUCUUCCGAUGGUGUACUGAAGGUGGGUCCCAUGAGUUUUUCACUCCAACAGCUCUCUAUUGCUAUCACUAGCAGUUUGGUAGUGCUGCCCGUCAACUUGUUCGUCGUGUAUAUAUUCCGUAAUGCCAGACCCAAGAAGACGGCCAAAGAAAAGCAAAAGGAGCAAGAAGAAAAAUAUCGAGCCAAAGGCGUGAAAAAUGAUAUCAAGUCAAAAUCAAAGAAAGGCAAAGACAAAGACAAAGAAAAAGGUAACCGCAUUUUUUAUGUAAGACUUCUAUUCCCUACGUUAUAAAGUAAAAGUAAUUAAUGCAAUAAUAUGAUGCUAGUUCGAGUGCUUCUGGAGAAAGGAAAUUGUGAUAAAUGUAGCAAGAAGUCAGUUAUAAUAAUAAGUUAUAUCUAAUUUUGCAAUUUCUAAAACACAAGAAACAAAGAAAUCGAUUUCAACAAGAAAAGAUAACGCUCCAUGCACCAUGCACCAUGCCAACAUAACCCUCAAUAGCAGAAGCCAUAAUCGUGGUCCAAUACUGUAUAAUGCACAAUAAUCACUGGUCGUAUUAUUUCAUAGUAAGAAUCAAAUAGUACAUUCCAUAAUUGAUUAUGGAAACCACUGGGUAUUCUUUUAUUUCUGAAUAUGUUUACUGUCGUCGAAGUAACAGCUGUUUUGCUUUUGAUUAAAACACUGCAAUUCUCAUAAUCAAGUUGAUUCAAGGCGAAUUUGAAACAGUCCUAUAUAUUUAGCGAUUAACCAUUGAAUUGAUGCUCUUCCAAUUGAGCUGUUGACAAUUAUCGUCUCAUAAUGAGGAGAUACACCGUUAAAAAUAUGUUUUCUAGCUAAUUUUCUCAAAAUGGAUAAUUUUAUACAUGUGAAACGUGACAUGGCUAUUUUUCUUUACGUGAAACUAAUCCGACUCCCCCCCCCCCCCCACACACACACACCACCACCACCACCACCGCAUUUCUAAGUGACUCUCAUCUUAGUUAUGGGAUGAGAAUAUCAGUAAAAUCACAUCAGGUUUCGACAACAUGAACUACUACUAUUAAGCCAAGUAUGGACCAAUAUAAUUCGGUACACUCUUAAACUCUAAAACUUCGGAUUUAAUUUGUAUAAGGAAAAAACAAUCGCGCAAACUAGUACUUACAGACCUUACUCAUACCCAGUUCGGUCUAUCACAUACUACCUGAUUUCUGAUCUCUUUCCCUCUUUAAUCCGUCUUUAGCUCCGAAAAAGAAGACGUCUUUGCCACACUGGAUGACUUACGUUGCAUAUUUCUUGAUAUUUAUCGCGUGUUCUGUAUCAGCCACCUUCACAGUGUUUUACGGCUUGACAUUUGGUAAAGCCAAGUCUGAAGCUUGGAUUUCUGCCAUGAUGAUUUCAUUUUGGCAAGACGUGCUUGUUUCACAACCGUUGAAAGUUUUUGCCGCUGCGACUUUGUUUGCUCUCUUGACGAAAGACCCAAAGAAAGCGACUGGCGAAGAUCAAGAGGAAACAUUGCCUUCGCCAGAACUACAGGAAGACGAGGAAUUCACAGGACAAAGCAUGGAAGAUCGAGGUAUGUCUCUUUUUGCUUCUUUCUUUCUCGAGAAGUUGUAGCUAUGUAAACUCUGUUUUCCACGCGGUGCGAAAUUUUUCUUUGUCUUGUGAUUUAUCGAAUGGAAAUAAUUAUAGAAAAUACAAAGACCGGUGGAAAACCGGCUUAAGCCAUACAACAAUUGGCUUUGUAAGUGUAAAAUAUAUGAAUAUUAAAAAUAUAAUAUUUAUGAGCAUUAACAUUAACAUUUACGACAGCAACGACGACGACUAACCAACAAACAACGGAAACAACAGCGGAAACAACAACAAUAACAACAACACCAACAACCAACAACCAACAACCAACAACCAACAACCAACAACCAACAACCAACAACAACAAACAACAAACAGCAAUAGCAAAGCAACCAAAAUAACUCGACAACCACUACUACCAACAUCACAACCAAUUAUACAAAAACAUCAACGACGACAACAAUACCACAACACUCAUUAACAAGAAGAACAACAAAUAAUAACACCAACAACAAAACAAUAAAAAUUACAAACACCACAGGAACAACCAUAACAACCCAAUUUUUUUGUUUUAUUUAGGUUUAGUGAGCAUGGCUCGUAUAGAUCCUAAGCCACCAGAUCCACAAAAACUUCAAGAAUGUAGAGAAUUCAAACUAAAACAGAAAAAGAUGAAACAUGUUAUUUACGAUAUAAUCUGGUACUUUAUCUUCGUCACCGUCUUACUGAGCGUAGCCCAUGGCAACAGGGACCGUGUUGCAUAUGGAACAACAUCGACCAUGUCAUCCAUGUUUGAAAUGAGUAGCUAUACGAAUUGGAUCGAUCCUACUGAGGUAUUGUAUCGGUUUUACUCAGCACCUUCACCUUAACACCUUUUCAAACAUUUUUCUGCGAUAUUUUGGUUCAUUUAUUAUUGCAGUUGUUUAAGUGAUGAAGGGCGGAUCUGACCUCUUUUGCUAGAGGAGUUGCGGUAUUUCUGGAGGGGGUGCAUCACUAGGGAGUCCGGGGGGGCAUUCUUGAAAGUUGAAGUCCUGAAAUGCCAGUUCUGCAUUCUGAGCAGUAAAUGUAUUUGUUAAAUUUGUCCUCACAGACGUCUGUGUCGCAGUACUUGUAUGUCAGGCAAAAAUUAAGAAAAGUAAAAAAUUAAUAAUAAUCGAUAAAUAAUUGGUCCAUCCUUCUGUAAUAUAAUAUUCUACGCCCGAUGAUAAUCGUCUUAACCCAACGGUGGAAAGGAAACAUUUUUUGUUGAAAUCAUCUUCAAACAGCAGCAUAUCAGCUUUUGCGACAUGAGCACGCAUCUGAUGAGGAUCCGUGGUGUAUACUCCUAACAUGCGUGAAGUAUAAGCGUAUGGAAGUACAUACACUGCAUAACGCCAAUAAUUCGCGAGGUAUCACUUCAAUUUAUGAUCUACAACUCCUAUGGAUUAUAGCUGAUCCUCACUAAGAUUAACCUAUAACACGGUCUACACCAACUGCUACAUUAUAACGACCCACCGUGGACACCACUAGGAAAUGUUCGCACCCCCCCCCCUACACGCCCCCCCCCGUGAAAGUCUUGUUAAGUGCCAAUCAAACCAAAGAUUUCUACAUCACCGUACAAGUACUCCUACCUCUGGGAUUUGGGAUGAGCCACACGCUCAGUGCUAGAUAUCUAAUUCACAAAUAGGAAGAUCUUCAAAAGUAUAACUCUCGCUACUCUGAUUUUAAAAUGAAUGAAUGCUUAGCCCAGUCAAAUUGCAUUUACGACCUAACGUUUCGUUGCCUGGAAGAUUGGAAUAUAUUGUAUAUACAUUAUGCUUUAAAUAGAGAUGUGGUGGUUGCUAUUCGCCACAAGAGUACCUCUACCUUGUUGAGUUAUUGGCCGAUGAUGCCAUUCCUCGAAUAUAUAGGAAUUUCGACUUCAGACCACCCCGAUGAAAACAGUAGACUGUAGUGUCGCAAAGUUGGCUCGUCAACGCAUUUCGACUGGACUUUGCAUUCUUUCAUCUUAAAACCAGAGUAUUAGUAAACCUAAUAAAUUUCAAAAGUGUUCAAUCAUGUUUCCUGCCAAGGCAUAUCUUUGCAUAUUUUGCAAACAAAAUGUAAGUACGCAGAAAACGAGAGUCUCGCAUACCAACAUAAUACUUGGUUGAACACAAACAAGUACCUGAUCGUAAUAUUGUACCUUCGGUACGUACAUGUAAGUGCACGAAUUAUCGCACACUGGUAAUUAUCUGACUAUUUCAGACAUUUCAAUCUUUCUUUCUGACUAUUUCAGAUAACAGAUGCAAAAUUGUACUGGUAUUGGAGUAGAUACUCGUUACUACCCACCCUCAUCCCUAACCAGUGGUACGGACCUAACCAGAUCAUGGAAAAUGUAGUCUGGGUAAAGAGUGAUCCUCAAAUCUCCCGAUCCAGAGGCGCCCGAAGUCGUUUGAACCUGAAUAAGAACAGGAUACGUAAGAUUCAAGCACGGCCUGGCGAAUUUCCUGACAUGAGUAUUGUUCUCAAUAAUACCUGGCCGUAUCCCGAAAAAUUUGUGGCCGACCAUGCGACUGACUACGUUGUUGGAGUGGCAAGAUAUAGACAACUCAGAGUAAAACCAAGUAUGUAAUGACUGUUGUUGGCUCAAUCAUCUGGGUGGGUAGGGUGGGAGAUAUUUGGGGGAAGGGGGGGGGGUGAAAUUAGGGGGACAUUCUUAAUUCUUUGAUUAUGUCACAAAGUUAUAGUUCUGUGAUGUCUAUAGUGGUGACUUUUUGCUGAAGGGAACGAUACUUUCCUGAUCAAUUUCAGGUAGUUAUGACUCAAACGAUGGCAGGUUACCGUAAGAGACCCUUUGCCUUGUUUACAUUUAGCUGGCAGGUAAAUUCCUGUAAAUACACAAGAUUAUAUGUUCUCUAUUGUGAUUGAACAAGGAAAUUUCACAAUAACAAAGCUCUCUUGGCUUGAAAUCUAAAAACGAGCGAACGUCUUGUGUUAUUGAGGGAUAUUCUAGUUUUCACCCCAAGAGGUUUUUUGACAGGAUCCGUUAUAAUGCUUAGAAGUUACGACUCUAUAUAUUAGAGGUGUGCAUCGGAUCGGAUUGGACGUUUAUAAUCCGAUAAUUGCCUAAUGUUUAAAAUCCGAUCCGAAAUUGUCUAAUCCGAAUCCGAUCCGAUCCGAGUUUUGAAAAAGAAUUCCAAUCCAAUCCGAUCCGAAGAAUUCUUUGAUAAAAUAAAUUUCUCAUUCAAGUUGAAAUAUUUAACCAAAUAAAUAUAAAAGCAAGAAAUACAUGUCAAGAAGCUGACAAAGUGACGUCCAAUAGCUGUUAUCGUAAUUGAAUACGCCGCUGCAGCAUACCAGCGGUAUCUCAGUGGAAGUACGCACGAAAACGAGGCUAAAGGGUCAAAAACACACAAAACAUGACCCUAUAGCCUCGUCUCGAUGUUAAAAUAAUGCAGAUACCGCUGGUCCGUAGCAUAGACGUAUUCAAUUACGAUAACAGCUAUUGAAGUAUCAAACGAAUAAUGCAGCGACAACCGCGAUGAUGCUUUGAUAAAUGUAUGGAUAAUUAAUUGCGUGGAUAAUUAAUUCAUUAAUGCGUGGAUAAUUAAUUCGAUAAUGCGUUGAUAAUUAAUUCAUUUUAUUUCGGAUAUCGAAGUCUGAUCCGAUCCGACUACGAAACAACUUUAUCAAUCCGAUCCGAUCCGAAAUGAAUAUUUUGGUUCCGAAAUCCGAACGAAUCCGAUCGGAUAGGAUUCGGAUCGGUUUCGGAUCGGAUUUGCACACCUCUACUAUAUAUGACGUUUCACGUGUACACGUACGUUACACGAUUUGUAAAGUUUUCGAUCGGUAUGCCCAGAUCAUCAUGAAAGCAGACACGAACCACGGCAGGUUAUUGUACUUAUAAUUAUCAAAUACCAGGGUAUUUUUUAACUAUAUACAUGUAACUAGUGCAUGUAACUCCCCAGCUCCUCUUUGCUUGCCCCAGUAGUGAAGUAGGAUUUUCAUAUGAACAGGGCUAUUUUUAUCAUUAAUGAAACGCUGAACCUCAUUGAGAAAGCUGCACCUCCCUGUUUUUCCAUUCUCUCACAUUCUUGACAUACCAUCUUAUAAAAUUAUAUACAAAAUGGAGAAAAGUCCCUCAUCAAGACUUUUUCCCAGCAGUCGUAAUUCCUUUUAACUUAUUAUACUAAAACAAUUUCUCUUCCCAGAUCAAUGUACAAUACACCCAAUAUUCCGACAUUUGUUUGAAGAAUGCAACAGUUUCUACAGUUGGGAAAAAGAAGACGAGGGAGAAUACAAGGAAGGGUGGGCCAAAGGCAUUGAAAAGAAGGUCAACGAAAAUGAUACGGCCACAGAGAAACAGAAGAAUGCUUGGCAAUACAACACUGCUUGGGAGUUAAAAGGAACUCCAUACUGGGCUGGAUUUUCGACUUAUUGGGGAGGAGGUAGGAUUAUUUAAGUAAAUUAUAUUAUGUAGUUAAGGUUUAUAUGCGAUAUAGCAUGGUUCGAGGACUGAAAAUCUAAAAGUAAAAGCUAAGAUUAUAUGACAUGUAGCUAUAACAUGUGCUUAUAUUUCAAAAUAUAAUUGUCAAAAAUCUUGCAAACAUAAAUUACACCCUUUUCUUCGUGUGUUAAAAUAUGCCAGGUUAUUUUCUUUUUGUUUCCAAAUAUAUUUCAAAAGGCCUGCUUCAUUUGAGUGGGUUUUUUUUGUUUUGAAAACGUUUCAUACGAUUUCGGUAUCGCUCUUUAAUAUUGAUUGCCGUCAUUGUAUAUGACUCUGUAUUUACACUGUGCUUUUCUCUCGUUUUUACAAUACGCUCCCCGCCAAUCGUGUGUCAAUUGUCCAUCGUGAGUUAUUAAUCAGUCUGAGAAAUAAAUUUCUCGUAGGUUUUGUCGCCGACUUGGGUCACAACGAAUCGUUGGCAAUGAAUAUGACUGCAUACUUGCAAGAGAACGACUGGCUUGACCGUUACACGCGGGCAAUAUUUUUGGAGUUCACAACAUAUAACCCGAAUGUGAACAUGUUCUGUCUAAUCACGCUGGUUUCCGAGAUCAUCCCAACUGGCGCGUACUAUCAGUUCAAUAAAAUAAACCCCCUUCGGCUGUACCGUUACUAUGGACCAAACCUGCUUGCCAUUAUGGUACUAGAAAUCACUCUCAUGACCUUUCUACUCUACUUUGCUUAUCGCGAGUUUAAGAAAUGGCGCCGCGAAGGUAAACUAUACUGGAAAGAUCCUUGGACUUACAUGGAACUACUAGUUCUCGCUUCGUGCUUCUCCACGAUCGGUUUGUACUUCGCUCGCAUGGUCGCCACGAACUAUUCCAUCGGUCUAAUGCGAGAUGAUCCCAAAUCGUUUGUAAGUUUCCAUUAUGCAGCGGGUUUGGAUCAAUGGUCGACGUUUACGUUGGGAAUGGCGGUGUUCUUGUCAUUUUUAAAGACACUUCGGCUUCUUCGUUUCAACCGUCGAAUGUCGUUUAUGAGCAAAACUUUGAAAAUAUGUUUCAAACCUCUCUCGUCUUUCUUCUUGGUAUAUAUUGUGGUAUUUUUGGCCUAUGCUUCAUUCGGUUUCCUGGUGUUUGGUAAAAUAGCUACGGACUACCACACAUUCCAGUCAUCUAUGGCGAAUGUUCUCGGUAUGACUUUGGGUGCUUUCAACUUCCACGCUUUGGUAGAAGCACAUAGAGUUCUCGGUCCGAUGUUUUUCUUUACUUUCACUUUUGUUGUCAACUUCAUCUUGAUUAACGUUUUCGUCGCGAUUAUUUCCGAGGCACUCAACCAGGUGACGUCUGAUGCUGCGAACCAAUCGAACGAUCACGAAAUUCUCGAUUUCAUGGUUCAUCAGUUCAAGUCCUACAUUGGCCACAGAGUGUCGCCGGCUAUCAAACCUGUAUACGUAGAACCUCUGACGGGAGUCGACGAGUCUUUCGCGCAGAUACAGAAGAAAACCGAGGGUGUCGAGGUGGCUUUUCGAAAUCUAUGCAUGGAGGAAAUACGGCAUACGAGCUGGUUUAACCCAGAGAAAUGCGCAAAGAAAAAGAAAUUGUUAAUGCAGUUACUUCUUCAUGUCGAUGAUCAGUUGACGGAAUCUGAAAUCUGCGAUGCGAUUCCUCUAUUCGAGGAAGUUAUGCGUUCGUACUCCGAAAAGGACUUUAAGGAUUGGCUCGCUCAAUACGGUGAAGAAUUUGAUGAUACGCAAACCAUGCGCAGUUCGGUCCUGUUUUCCAGAGCAACUCUGUACGAUUCAGACGAUAGCAGUUUGGGCGAGGAUUCAGAUGAUUCACUUCCGGAAGGAAGAUGGUCGCAACUCUCUGGUUCAACUGUGGCUUCUGUCGAUGAAAGUAGGCUGUUUUCUGGUACGAGUGAAAUACCCGACGCCAGACGUGGAAGCGCGGAAGGAUACUAUAAGAAAUACCAGGAAAGGCCUCCUUCAACUGCGGAGAGAUUUUGUUACACACCAAGCACAGUAUCGAUGACAUCCUUGAAUGAUAACUUUGCUAUCGUUGACCAACUUCUGCUGCAAGAUGAUUGUCAAAGACUUUUUAUCGAGGACGAAGAAGACGGAAAUGUUGAGUCAGAGGAAGCUGAAGAGUUAUCCGAAGUUGAAGAGGAGUUGAGUCAAAUGGAAGCGCAGCUACGAGGGGAAGAUUUGGAACCUACUGCACCGUGGAUGAUGAAUAUGAAAGCACCAACUCCAAGUCAAAUGGAGAGUGGUUCAAGUAUAGAGCUACGCAAAGAAAGUCCCAGUAAAAGUCCCUUGUUUCAAAAAUCGUUCAGUCCAAGAAGCACUAAGAAUAAUGAACAUAAUAUAACGGUCGAAGAGAUGAGUGAUUAGAUAAACAGACUAAUUAAAUCGCUGGGAAAACUAGAAACCAUUGUGGUAGAAUCACAUAGUUUCAUAGUAGUGUUUCUAGAAGGUGACUAAAACAAAAAAAUAUUGUUUCCUGCAUGAUCAUGUAUUGAAUUUGACUUUCCAGUAAACAUUGUUUCCGUAACAAAAUCACUCUUGGGAAAAAAAUAUGUUUGUUUAAGCUAGGGUGGACAAAAAGUGGAACAUAUAUUCAAAGAUACAUUGGAAUUUUCAUAUGUUGUGCGAGCAAUGUUAUCUAGUUUGACCAGGCAAAAACAUAAGAUCUUCGUUCAAACUAACGAGAGCGUUUUUAUUUACAGAAGUAGAUAAAUCGUGUGUAGUUCAGUGAUUAUAGAUUAAUGAAGAGUGCAUGAAACGUAUAAAUAUGAAAAUUCCAUUUGUGUGGUAUUUGUAUAUGUAUUCCGUUUGUGUGGUAUUUGUAGGCAGAUUUUAUUCAUCAUUGGCCACGAAUGCAAUAUCAAAACCCUUAAUCCUGCCAAUUGUCCAUUUUAACAUUCUACUGUACUUCCAAAACCCAAAAUUUAGAGCAACUUAUUUUUAGACAAAAAAGAUAGUGGUAAUUUCUUACACAGCAUAUUUCGACAACCUGAAUAUUUCAGUGGCCUGAACAAAUUUGCACAAUAAAUGCAAUGCUCAUGUAAUUUAUUUAUCGUAGAAUAAAGUAACGUAAUAAUUACUGAUUAAUGUGUAUGCAAUGAUCAUUCGCAGGAUUUUAGAAAGUAGUAAAAAAUAAAAGAGAAGUAUAAUAAUGUAUAGAAUAAAGAUGAGUUAAAACAGACUCGUGCAGUUGUGAAAUGUUAUACUGGACUGGAUUGGAUUGGAUUGAACCAAAAUAAACUCAACAAAACUAAACUAAAGCGAACUGAACUAAAUCGAAAUAAACUACUGUAUAAACUAAACUAAACUAAGCUGAUUCUAAACUGAAAUAAACUGGACUAACAUAACUUUAAGAUGCACAACUCUGACUUUCUAAACUUCUCUAAUCUGUCUAAAAAGGUUCUCUUCUUUUAUUGAUGCAGUAUUACUACAGGAGGAAAUUAAACUGGAGUUAAACGAGUCUGAAAGGGCUUGUCUAACGCCCGAAGUCAACAUGUUAAACGAGUCUGAAAGGGCUUGUCUAACGCCAGAAGUCAAACGUUAAACGAGUCUGAAAGGGCUUGUCUAACGCCAGAAAUCAACAUGCAGUACCGAUACGUUUUCGUGUUCCUGCUGUUUUUGGCAAUACAAUACGAUGGAGAAAGCAAACAGAAACCUAAUAACAAAGGCAAGGUACUCAAAACAUCAAACUGUACUUUUCAUGGAGAAGAAGCACAUUGGUUCAAUAAAUAUUUCAAACUCGCAAUACGGCAUCACAUUUGCAUCACAUCGACAAAGACAAGUCCAAGACACAAGUAUUUGGCUUCCAGUUUACGCUAUUAUAACAACACCGAUGCAACCUUUACUGUGGAAAGAAAUCCUGGUCCAAGUAACAGUGGAAACGACGAUUCCGAAGCAAAGAUUUGCCAAAUUAAGCUACCCAAACGAGGACUGAGAAUAGGUGAGUGGAAUAUAAAUCACCUAACCGAUGCAAAAUUCGAACAAAUUAAUCUAUUAUUAACUACAUCAACAAACAUUGAUAUCCUAUUUGUAAUUGAAACUUUCCUAAAGCCCUCAAAACCGGAUUCCCUAUUCAAUAUUCCGGGUUACUAUAUGUACAGGAAAGAUAGAACAGGCCGAAAAAAUGGCGGAGGAUUACUAACAUACGUGGCAGAAAAAGUCCAGACGAAUUGAGUUUCUGAACUUGACGAGGAUCAUUCUGUAGAAUCGCUGUGGCUAACUAGCCUCCUCCGCAGGUAACUCUUGUGGCAUCACAAAAUGGCAAACUUUUGAAAAAUCCCCAUCAAAAAAGAGCAAUACUGUCGCGAACGGCGAAUUAAUGUUGUUUUGGCCGAGUAGUAAUAAAAUUAAGGGGAUUGGGUCGGGGGAAAGGCGGAAAGGAAAGGCGGGAAGGGGGCGGGGCGGGAAAAGAAAGGAAGGGGAGUUGCCUGCCAAAAAUCGACAUGGUCUAUCAGUUCUGCGCAUGUGUCUCGCGCAUACUAAAAACUCACUAAGUGGUGGUGUGUAAGGCGAAAUUAAAUACUCUCCCGGGUAGACAAAGGAAGCUUUCUCAUUUAGUAAAUUUGGCGGCACUCGAAGAAAAACUGUUACUUGAAGCGCUUGAAAAACUUUCUGCUGUUCCUCCAUUGCGGCCUAAUAUAGCAUCGAAUUUUACAGUGAAAGGAUGCCAAAUAGAGUCGGUGGUUAGAGCAAUUUCAACGUUUGAGGCUGCCACAAAAUUUGCUUUUUGUCUUCAAGAAAUUUAUGUUGCUGAAUACGAACAGAUUUCGAAGACCAUUGAAAUAUCGGACGAAACACAUCGUUAUGUGUAUAGCAUUAGCAGCCAACGAUUUCGACAAUCUUGAAAGAGGAGAGCUCAUAGACAAUACGCUGAGACAAUAUUUUGGUUUCACGUCGUUUCGGCCACUGCAGAGAGAGACAAUAAUGGCAACAAUGAACGGAGAAGAUGUUAUGAUAGUCGUGGGAACUGGUGGUGGUAAGACUUUGAUGUAUCUCUUACCUGCUGUAAUUUCUUCCAAUAUCACUUUGGUAGUUUCUCCCACAUUGUCACUAAUAGAUGACGUGCUUGGUAGAUGUCAUAAUCUCGGCAUAUCAGCAUGUAAAUUUACUGGAGAAGUUCCAAAGGAAUUACAAUACAGCCAGCAGUUGAAUAUAAAACAAUUUAAGAUUGUUCUUGGAACACCUGAAAUGCUCAAGGAAGGAGAAUUCAACAGCACUGUCAUGUCCAUGAUUGAGAAAAAAGAAAUAGAAAGGAUCGUGUUUGAUGAAGCACAUACAAUUGUUAGCUGGGGUAACACUUUUCGUCCAAUAUAUAGAGAAGUAUGUGAAGAGUUAGCUAAGACAACAUGCCCUAAACUUUUGUUGAGUGCAACAGUUCCUGCCAAAAUUGAAUCUGAACUUAAGGAUAUUUUCAUGGGUUUGGUGGUCUUCAGAUCUUCAAUAUUCCAAGAGAAUCUGUUUUUGAAAGUUCAAGAGCGUACAAGCAAGUUCUAUGAUGAAUUGAAAAGCUUUAUUUUGGAGAGAAAGGGUGAUAGUGGUAUUAUCUACUGUGUUUUACCAAAGGAUGUUUCAACCAUUCAUGCUGAUCUUUUGAAAAAUGGGAUUGACUGUGUCAAGUAUCAUGGGAAAUUGUCUGAAGAAGUGAAAACAGAUAGUUACUCUAAAUGGGUAAAUGGAGAGUGCAGAUUGAUUGUUGCCAAUUCUUCAUUUGGGAUGGGCAUUGACAAAAAGGAUGUGCGAUAUGUGAUCCAUGGCAGAAUACCCACAAGUGUUGAAGAAUACUAUCAGCAGUGUGGCCGUGCAGGGCGUGAUGGUUUGCCUGCGACAUGUGUGCUAUUUUAUAAAUAUGGGGACAAGAAUAUGCUUUUGAAAUUGUUUCAAAUGCAAAGUGAACAAAGCCAGCAAAUUGCAUCAGUUAACGAACUGAUACAUUUUCUUGAAGAUCCUGUACAGUGUCGUCACAGAAGCCUUAUGGUAUUCUUUGGAGAGAAAACAACCAGUUUCAUUUGUGGAACCAGUUGUGACAAUUGUGGUACACGAGGGAGCUUCUAUGCAACUGAUGGCACGUCUGAUGCACUGAAGGUGUUACAAGCAGUGGUGGAAUUGACUGGAAGGGUUUUUACAUGUAACACCCUAAAACUCUUCCUUGUAGGAAGUCGACAGAAAUCUAUUCUGGAACAAGAACUGGAUACUCUAGUAAAUUUUGGUAGCCUUGAGAAAAGGUUUGUGCCAGCUGUGCUACUUGACAAAUUUUUACAUUCACUUAUUAACAGUGGCAUUCUAGCAGAGGUUAUUGAAAAAAAGGGGAAACAUUUAUAUUCUCAGCUUGUUCUUGGACCAAAAGCACAUGAUCUGAUGGCUCUCAGGCUGAGUGUUUCUCGCUAUGAGAAGUAAUGUAAUGUACACUGAUAAUAGUAUUAUCUAAAUUUAAUUGGUAAUUGUAGUAAUAAUGUAAACCAUGUGUGUUUGUCAGAUUUGAUAAUUUUGCAUAAAUGGUCUAAUACGUAUGUGUUUGAAUAAAGGUUCUUAGUGCAAUUUUUGCAUACAACUGUUUUCAAUUGAACCUAAUAAUUAACCUUCCAAGCCCUUCCUUAAAGGAUUAGUGUCACACCAGGAAUUCGCGGGCUCAAACUCCUGCUGGCGGCCAUUUUUCGGGAUGAAUAGAUUAGAUGAUCUGGAAAGUUUUUACAAUCCGUCAUAUAUUUAAACCAUCCUUUUCUAAUCCUUGCUAUUUUUGUGUGAUUUUUAUCAGAAAUGCACCAAACAAGGUAUUUUUAUCGCUAUUUGUUGUAUUUGAGUAAAGUGUAAACAAUAACAAAAGCCAGCAAUGCAUGACCCUGACACUAAUCCUUUAACCAUCUUCACCCGCUCCCUGCAUAAAAAAAUCCUGGUAUUAUAAACUGUAGAUUUUAUAUUUAUGGCAAUAAUUUGUAAGCAAAUACCUAUGUACAUUACGUAAUUAUAUACAGAUCCACACUUCCCCUACAGAAACAUUUCUGCCAUUCAUAAUUAAGCGAGGGACAAAGUGUUAUUUUGUGAUUAACCCAUUUGCUUGCUGUUCUCCUAAGUAAAAUUGCCUGGUGUAAAAUACCCAGGUAGGGUGCAUUGGCAUCUAAUAAACUUUAGUAGGGCACACACAGUUAACCAAUUAGCUCACAAUGUGUACAACUUUAGUAUUUACUCUAUCUAACGCCAGACAAUUUUACUUAUCAUUGAUCAAAUGCUGUCAUAUAGUAUAUAUAUAGUAUAAGAUUUAUAUUAUAAGGAAUAAAACUUUCAACAAUGUACUGAAAGUGAGAAACAAAUAACAGUAUGUCGCCUUAUGGAAAUAUUACAAUAGCCAGAAAGUGAAAACGAAGUAUUUAAUAAAACAAGGCUGUUUAAAUACAAGCCUAUAUUGACCUGUAAGGCUGUAAGUGUAAUGGCUUCCUAAUCCUUCCUAAUCUUCGUCAUCACUCGACUCCUCAUCAUCCAUAACUACCAACAAAUUGUUGGCAUUGCUUGUAGACACAUUAUCUUCGGAAAUGUUUGCUGUUUCUCCUCGUAAAAUCUUUUCGUAUUCUGAUUGGCGUUCUUUAUGCCGUUCUAAACUUUUCACGAAUGCAAAACGUUCAUAUGCCCUGUCAAGAGCGAAAUCUACCCCUGUGCCCCUCAGUGGCACAGUGGUUUUGGUUUCCUUCUUACUUUGAAAACCAAAUUCCUUCGUGAAUAAAUCCAAGUUACUCGCUAGUCCGACCGUCUUACACUGAUUCUCAUGGGAAAUGGGAAGAGGAAAAAUUUUCGUUGGCUUUCCAGCGAGAUCAGGAAAAUCUUUCUCCACGGGUGGUAUUUCUAUAACGUACUUAGGUUCCCUUGUAUUGCUGUUGGCGAUUUCCUGCAAUUCAUCACUGUGGACGAUUUAAUUUCCUCACUUGACAGUCCAACUGAAUUGAAGGCCAUAUCCAAUUUACGGAGCAAAUUUCUGUCUUUAUAUCGGUUCCACUUUUUGCUUAGCUCAUCGUGUGUUUCUAAGAUAUAUUUACCAACAAAAAUACCAAAGUUAGAAAAGGAAGAGGGCAAUUUGAAACGUAAUGGUUUAUAUGGGAAGUCUUGAACUCGCCUCGGCUGAUAGGGUCACCCCGGCAGUAUGGUGACCCCGUUUUCAAAAUACCCUUAAUUAAGGGAGGGACAACUUUUGUUCAUGUAAACUGAGAUCAUAUAAACAGGCCCUAAGCUACCAGUUCAAAAUGGGUGACUGGUCCAAAGGGGUUACAUCAUAAAUUAUUAAUAAUUUACACACAAAACCUACCAAUCUUUGUGUCUUUGUAUUCAAGCUUUUUCACAGGCUUCUGAGGUUUAACUGCCUCUUCAUCACUAAACUGGUUUUCAAUGCCACUUAUGUCCGCUUCUCGCCAUCCUCGAACGGUAAAAUCCCACAUUUUCCCCUGCAAGACCUUUUCCUUCUGCAACUUUGACAACCGCAAGUGCCUUAGUGAGGUACGGCUUAUCUGCAUGUUGUCUUGAUACGUGACAAUAGGUGUUGUGCUGCAUGAACGCUGUUUGAUGACAUCCUUGUAAUUCUCAAGCUGACUUUUAAGAACACCAAUUCUAAAACAAACAGUUUAAAAUUGACCAAUAUGCUACUUUUGCAUGGAUGUGCAUAAUUAGACUACACAUUGAUAUUCAGUAAUGGGGACUUAUUACAUACAAAGAGAUUCAUACAGGUAUAGAGAUUUAUAUACAGUAAAUGGACGAAAUAAAAAUUUCAGGGUCUGGCUUUUUACCAUGUAUUUUUCAUGGUUUGAGCUAUGGGUUUUUUUCUCUCUUCUUGGUGUUUUAAAAUGGAUUCUUUCCAUUUCUCUGACACACUUUCACUUUCUAAAAGGUCAUACACUACUUACAAUACAGGAAAUGACUCAGACAAACCAAGACGUUGGAGAGGCCUUAUCAAUGCAGGUCCAGCACCAUAGCAGAUGCACAACAAACCAAACAGUAUUGGGAUAUCAUUCUUGCUGUGUUGGUCCCGAAUGUCCAAUAAGGAUGCCAGUAGGUGCACAGCAGCUUUCAUUUUCAUACUCUCUGUUUUUAGAGUGUUUCUGGAGGUGUUGUGUGUCAGUACAAGCUGUUCCAAAAUGUUUAUUAUGGUAGGACAGGCGUUUUUUAUGUUUGAAACAAGUUUCUGGAACAGUAAUG